AUGGAAACCUCCAUCCCAUCCGAUAUCAAAACCCGCUUCCUCAUCCUCUCCGACACCCACGGCCACGAGCUCCCCGGAGAGUGUUCCCAGCACCACGCCGACGUAGUGAUCCACUGCGGCGACCUGACCGACAGCUCCUAUCUGACUGAGUUCCGCACCACGAUCCAGCACCUCCAGAAACUGGACGCCCCCCUCAAGCUGGUCAUCCCCGGCAACCACGACUUCACCCUGGACACCCCGACCUUUCAACAGAAGGUCAAAGCCAGCGGUCUCGACCACAGCGAAGACGACCGCCGCCUCGUGCGGCAAGUCUACGGGGACUAUGAAGAAGUCCGAACCAAGCUCUUCACCGACGACCUCCAGCAACGCAGCGGGAUUGUCCUGCUAGACGAAGGCAUCGACGUCUUCACCCUGGCCAACGGCGCGCGGCUCACCGUCUACGCCAGCUCGUACACCCCCUCGCUCGGUGGCGACUGGGGCUUCCAGUACCACCCGGACACCGGUCAUGAUUUCCAGUUCGACGGCCGCAGCAAUCAGAUCGAUGUGGUCGUCACUCACGGCCCACCGCGAGGCAUCAUGGAUUAUACUACUAGCGGUACGCAUUCACGCGGACGACGAGCCGGCUGCCCCGAUCUGUUCAAGGCCAUCGCCCACGCCAGACCCCGGAUGCAUUGCUUUGGACAUAUCCACGAAGGGUGGGGGGCCAUGCUCGCGCACUGGCGAGACAUCCGCACUAAUCUUCGAGAUCAGGAUCUUGAUGGGAUGGGCACUCAGAACGAGCCAUCGCAUUUCACGGCCAUCGACUACGGCCGAUCGACCGUCGUCAGUAAGCUUGCCCGGCUGGUGGAGCCGGGGAAGCAGGAGGAGGCGGCCCCAGCGGUCAUGGCAACGAGCCACUGCUCGGAGGACCCAGUCCCGUUGAGACCUAGGGAGCAGACGCUGUUCGUGAAUGCCGCGGUGCAGGGUUGCAGCGCUGAGGUUCCGGUGCAUCCGCUUUGGAGGGUGGAUCUUGAGCUGCCGCGUGCGGUGCCGCAUGGUUGA